CCCCUACAGCCUGCUUAACAGAUCAGAGUAGGUAAUUUCCAUCAAGAAAAAGUCUCUAAUUAUUUUUUAUGAAAAACUAAAUUAACAUUAAAACCAUAAAUUUUAAUAUAAUGCACAAAUUGGCAUUUUCUUAGCAUUAUAAAAUUAAAGCCCAGAAAUUGAAUAUUGAUUUUAGCAGCAAAAUCAAAUGACUGAAGCACAAAUUUGAAUCCUAAAGAAGCCAUGGCUAUUUCUAUUGGAAUCCAUGAAUUUAGUGUGCCUAAACGUGAAGUAUUCACUGCUCCUGAUGUGGAAAAAUGGGAAAAAUCUGAAGCAUAUCAAGAUGUACUUGGCUUACUGACAAGCCUGAAUGAAAGUGUUCGAAGCAAGAGUUGCAGUGCUGAGUGUCAUGAGUCUCCAGUCAUAUCUCGCUUGUUGGUCAUGCUCAAUACCAUGGCCACUUGGUUGGAUGAGUUCCCUCCUGUUGACCAGCCUCAGCGAUAUGGCAAUAAAGCAUUUCGGGAAUACUAUACAAAACUUUCACAAGAGGCUGAAGGUCUUGUGAAGAGUGUGGUGGGAGCAGAACUGGAGGCAGGCAGUCGUGAAGCCAGCACAUACCUGGUUGAAAGUUUUGGCAACAGCACACGAAUAGAUUAUGGCACCGGACAUGAACUUGCUUUCAUCAUGUUCUUAACAUGCUUGUUUAAACUUGGAGCCUUGCAACAAAAAGACUCUCAAGCAACUGUGACAAAAGUUUUUAAAAGAUAUUUGGAGUUGGUGCGCGAGCUGCAGUCAACUUACAAGAUGGAACCUGCUGGCAGUCAGGGAGUGUGGAGCCUCGAUGACUAUCAAUUUAUUCCUUUCAUUUGGGGUUCAUCACAGCUUGUUAUGAAUCCUAAAAUUGCUCCUGAAAUGUUCACAAACCCGAAAGUAGUUGAAGACAAUGCAGAAGACUACUUAUUCUUGGCUUGUAUUAAAUUCAUCCUUGAGGUAAAGAGCGGACCUUUUGCCGAGCACAGCAACCAGCUGUGGAACAUCAGCGGGGUUCAGUCAUGGUCCAAGAUAAACCAGGGGCUCAUCAAGAUGUACAAAGCUGAGGUGCUGCACAAGUUUCCGGUGGUACAGCAUGUGCUCUUUGGCUCAAUUCUGUCCAUCUCUGAAGCCUCAUCUCGUCCACACCAACCUCCCUCAAGCCUUACGUCAGCUCCCGGCAUGCCACACCCUUCGGGCGCCAGAGGUGGCGGCAGGUCGUUCAGUGUGGAUUGUGGUGCUACGGCCGCCCCGUUCUCCGCCUUGGGCCGCAAACCGUCGCUCGACGUGUCCAGCAUGGCCACUACCAGACCUCCACCGUCUUUCCCUCCACCUCCUACAGCUCGACCGGACACUGGAUCUUCAUAAGGGCACGGCCACCACCGCUCUUGCACACGCUCACAUCUUACUGCACGGCUUUGCUAACCUAACACUAGGCUUUGCUUCGAUCGUGACCGCGGCUAUCACUUCAUAACCCCACUCAUAGUUUCGGUUGUGACAACAGCCAUCAUUCCCAUCCCCCUUUUGGUGUUGACCACGGAUAUCACUGGUCUCCCCUUCCCCCCUCCUCUUGCUGGAACAUAAGAGUUCUUAAAAAUUGCUUCCUCUGCCCUUUCUGUUCCCUCUGUAUUGCUGGGCUUACGUACAGCCUUCUUAGAGGUGUGACCAUCGUUGUUGUUGUUCUAGGAUCUAGGUAUUGGCUAGAUUUGUUUAGAAAAUCAUGAGUAUGUCUUACAUGAUUAUUUAUUUGAAACUAAAUUUUACUGAACGAAUUGGUGGACGAAUGUGUGCAAGGAAAUACAAAAAAGGUAUAGCUUGGCUUUUGCGUCCUCAAGCGAUAUGCCAGGUUCUAAUUGACUGGAUGUGCUGACACAUGCCGGGUUAGGUAGGAAUGCGACCAUCCUUGGCGCCUCUAAACCGCUUGCUCGCCGGAUUUUGCAUGUCUCGCUGAAUGAUCAAUGUCAUAAUUUGGCUCUGAAUGUGCAAGUAAAUCAUCAAUAUCGUUGUUGUAGCUCGUUAUACCUCAAGUGAAUGAUCUAUAUAUUUGCCGUUUGAUUGUAAAGUCCACGUGAAUAUAUACGAAUUCACAAAAUUCAGUCGAAUUUUGUUUUGACUUUGGAACCUCACUGCAGUCAGUUAUCUAAUGCCAUUGGUUUGUGAACCUUGACACUGAGAUUUAUGUGUGUUAGAAGAGAUGUUCUCAAUGUUGUCUCCCCGCAUAUUGCUGUUCUAGCCAUGAAUAUUUUGCUUCUUGCAAUAUCUGCCUCUUGUUUAUUACACCAUAAAGGCAAGCCAACGCUGUUGUCACACUAAUUGAUUUUCAAGAAUCUGUCAUAACACCAGCGAGUUUUCUUUGUGAAGCUUGAAAAUCAUACCUUUCUAUUUAUUGCUUUUUAUUUUUCCAUUCGUAG